CUGCAGUUUGUUUUGUCGCGGAUUGGGCUUAAUGCAUUUCGGGAGGAGCGCGGGAAUGGAGAGUUAAUUACUGUUGUUGUACCUUGACGCGAUCGCAGGCUUGUAUGUAAAAUAAAGCGAGAAUUAUUUACGAAAAGUGCUUUCAAUAAAGUGUCGUUUGACUGCCGAUUGCCGUAAUCCCAAUCCGCACUGCUGCACAUCACGUAAAAGUUAUAACCUAUCGAACCUGAAACACAGAAAGUUUAAGUAAACUACGGUAAUUCCGGUUUUGGAGAGCAGUCGACUGCUUUUUUUCGGCAUUCUGAAUUUUUAUUACCCCCUGCCAUGACCAAACUGUGGAUGGCACUUACGCGUCGCAAGACGGAGGACGUGAACGAAGGCGAGUCCCAGUUGGCGCGAGUUCUGAACCUCUUUGAUCUGACUGCCCUGGGAGUGGGCAGUACUCUGGGACUGGGAGUCUAUGUGCUGGCUGGUCAGGUGGCCUUCAACACCGCCGGGCCAGCGGUGACCAUUUCCUUUCUGAUUGCGGCCAUCGCGUCUGCCUUCGCGGGAAUCUGUUAUGCGGAGUUCGCCGCCCGUGUGCCCAAGGCGGGAAGUGCCUACGUAUACAGCUACGUGACCAUUGGCGAGUUCGUCGCCUUCACCAUAGGAUGGAACCUCAUCCUGGAGUAUGUGAUUGGCACAGCUUCAGUUGCGCGCGGCCUGAGCGGCUACUUCGACUCUCUGAUCAACAACACCAUGUCGAAAGCAUUGAAUGAGUCGAUGCACAUCGAUGUAGAGUUUCUGGGUGACUACCCCGACUUUUUGUCCUUCGGAAUGGUUCUGCUCCUGGCAGGCAUCCUUGCCUUUGGCGCCAAAGAGUCUAGCUUCCUGAACAACAUUUUCACCACAGUCAAUCUGGUUACGAUCGCAAUCGUCCUGGUGGCCGGCGCCAUGAACGCCAACGUCGACAACUGGCGCAUCCCGGAGAAAGACGUUCCUGAGGGCUUUGGCACGGGCGGCUUCAUGCCGUUUGGCAUUGCUGGAGUGAUGGCCGGGGCUGCCAAAUGCUUCUACGGAUUUGUGGGGUUUGACUGCAUCGCCACCACGGGCGAGGAGGCCAUCAACCCAAAGCGCAACAUUCCGCUCUCCAUCGUGGUGUCGCUGAUCAUAAUCUUCCUAUCCUACUUCGGAGUGUCCACAGUACUGACGAUGAUGCUGCCCUACUACCUCCAGGAUAAGGAAGCACCCUUCCCGCACGCUUUCGAUGCCGUCGAGUGGUACACCAUUAAGUGGAUUGUGACCAUUGGCGCUGUGUUUGCGCUCUGCACUAGUCUGUUGGGCGCCAUGUUUCCACUGCCUCGCAUCCUCUACGCAAUGGGCAAAGACGGCAUAUUGUUCAAGAAGUUGUCCACAGUGAACAGCUACACGAAGACCCCGCUCCUGGCCACCAUUGUUUCUGGAAUCUUUGCAUCAAUUAUGGCCCUGCUUUUUAACCUGGAUCAGCUGGUGGACAUGAUGUCCAUUGGAACCCUGUUGGCCUACACCAUCGUUGCAAUUUGCGUGCUAGUGCUGCGCUACCAAGACGAGGAUAUGACCAAGUUGGUGUCUGUCAAGGCUCCGAACGUUUUCCGGCAAUUCUUUAACGGCAACUCCUUCCGGGUGCCCAAUUCUAUGACCUCGUCAAUCACCAAAGUGGGCAUUGUAGUAUUCGCCAUAUUUUGCCUAGUCUGGUGCUCCUUCCAAAAGGUCUUCGACCUGGACAGCACCGGCGGGAUUGUGGCCCUCAGCUUGGUGGGCGCACUGUUAAUCCUUAUUUGCGUGGUGAUCGGCAUGCAGCCGGUGUCGACCAUCGAGCUUACCUUCAAGGUGCCGCUGGUGCCGUUCGUACCCUGCCUUAGCGUGUUUGCGAAUUUGUACCUGAUGUUUCAGCUGGAUCUGAACACAUGGAUCCGCUUCCUUAUUUGGAUUGUGAUCGGCUUCGUGAUUUACUUCUGUUAUGGCAUGCGGAACUCAACGCAGAUAAGCAGGAGUCGCAACCACGCCGAGGUGGCGGCAAACGCUAUGCAGAACCAGGAGCAGCACGAGAAUCCUGGCUUUGAGCCGGACUACAAGGUCGAAAACGGCCAACUGCCCCCGCCGUACGAGUUCUCGGAGAAGCUGUAAGGGCCAGAGGCUCUUUUAGCUGUAUACACUGUAACCCUUUUCAACAGCUUAAACUUUAUUCGACUUUGCAUCUUCUUCUGAAUAGAACCAAGACUCAUCUGCCUUCUUAGCUAGCACGUUUAUGUGAGAGAGAUGAAUAGAUUGCGCAUGGAAAUUAAAUAGAUCUGCACUCGGCCGGCUAUAUUUUUCAGGCCCUUGGGAUUUGUUAUUUCUGUGCGCCUCAGGACUUCUAGAGAGAGCUCAGAGCAGACUCUAUUUUACCAUUUUAUUGUUUUACCCCUCCUUCACCAACCAAAUUUUAAUCAAGCCAAACGAUUCCGCCGCAAUGCCCUAUUUGUUGUGAUAUUUGUAAAUAUACUUAUAUAUAGAUUAAUAUUGGUCACAUAUUUGUAUGUUUGUCACAAUUAAUAUCGUUAUGUUAAUGGAAUUGUAUCAUAAUAUGUAUGUCAUCGCGGAUAUGCGUGCAGUUCGCCGAGCGUAGCCGCACUUAGUGUUUAAGCUUUUUAGCUGCUAAGCCUCCCACAUUUGUUAUUAUUAGCCAAAAGAGAAACGAAUUUUGUCCCUUCUUGUUUAUUAAAAAUGCAAUGAUUUUCAACAUAA